AUGGCAUCGGAUAGAGUCCAUGUUGAUGGCUAUGAACUAUUUCAUCUCGCAUGCGACCGCAGCUAUCCCGCUGUGGUUGAGGAGCUGCUGCAGCGCGACGACAUUGACAAGACCACGACCGGCAUUGACGGGAGCUCCUGGCUUCAUGAAGCGGCCUCCAAUGGCUGCACAGAUGCCGCAUCUGAAUUGAUAUUCAAGCAUCGAAGCGACAUUAACAAGCAGAGAUCCGAUGGCGCAACGCCUCUGAUCUGUGCUCUGAGGCGGACCCACGGGAAAGUCGUUACCAUGUUGCUGGAAGCUGGCGCAGACGUCAACAUGGCCCUUGUUGAUGGUCGCACGCCGCUAUACUUCGCUGCCAGCCACUUCAAAGAUGACUUGCUGGAACAACUGCUCAGACACGGCAGCAACGUGGGUGCGAUUACAUCCCGCGGCGAGUCGGCGCUUCACGAGGCCUGCAGACACGCAUUCCCAACGGUGGUUCGGCGGCUGCUGCUGCACGGCGCUGAUCCUGUGCGCCGGAAUAAGCGAGGAGAGACACCGCUCGAACUUGCGUGCAUGGGCCAUCCGAAGACGGUCAAGGUGCUUCUGGACAAUGGCGCCGAUCUCCUUCAACGGAACUCUACAGGAGCCAGCUACCUUUACCAGGCGUGCCAGCGCCGUUUUGCCGAGGUUGUGGCCGUGCUGCUCGACCGCGGAGCCGACCCCAAUGCCGUUGAGCUCGGCAGCACUCCGUUCCUUGCAGCUUGUUGGGCCGGCAGCGUGGAAAUCGUUCACGUGCUGCUGAGCCAUGGAGCAGACGUGCGCGCGGCCACGCAUAUUUAUGGCAUCACCGGUCUGCAUGCAGUCUGCUACCCUACCACUGGAGUUGAGAGCAGCUCGGAUAGCCUCUACCGCCUGGCCAGGACCAUGAUACGCGAGGGUGCGGACGUCAACGCGAGAAUGUUGAACAACAUCACGCCUCUGCAUGUAGCUUGUAAGUAUUUCCGAGCGGGAGCGAUCAAGGCGCUCGGCAACGCCGGGGCCGACCCGUUGGCCGUGCAUGUCAACCCCGUCACCACGCGAGGAAUCACGCCGAUUCACCUGCUGAGCCGCCACCUCUUUGCCGCCGAGGCUCUGCGCUUUCUUGUUUGCAGAGCGCCCGGGGAUCGACUUGAGGAUGUUUUCGGAUCGACAUGGUCGCCGCUACACGAAGCUGCGACUUCCGUCUCCUCCGCCUCGGUGAGCAUGCUCCUGGAGCAUGGCGCCAACCCGAUGGCGCUGACGGAGGAUGGACGUACGGCGCUGCACCUACUAUUCGCUCGUUUUGAGGCGAAUCCGUUCCCGGAUUGGGCUGAGGGGAUAAAUCAGGCCUUGGAGGUCGUCGCAGCGCUCACGAAAUGUGACGGCUUCGAUAUCAAUCACAGGGACAACGGGGGCGCGACGGCGUUGGGACUGGCUGGUGACACCUGUCCAGCGCGGCUUGAGGUUUGA